GCUCUCCUGGGGCCGUCGCCGCCCUCGGCUCCACCACUCAAAAUGGCGGCCGCGCUCGGGAACGAGGCUCCGCCGAGAAGCGCCGCGCCGCCCCCUCCCCCACGCCCUCCUCAAGGAGCGCCGCUGCCCGCGGCUCCCCGCAGGCGCGCACCGGCCCCGACACCGCGCCGACGGGCGGAAAGGCCCGCCCGCCUCAGGGCCUCUCCGAGCCUCCGCUGCUACCGCCAGCCUGCCCGCAGGCGCCCCGGGCGGGCCCAGCUGGGGCUCGCUCAGCCCGCUCUCUCCCCCGUCCCCCCUCCACUCCACUCACCGGGAGACCCUCGGACACCCCUCGACGUGCCCCGGCAGGAGCUUCUGCCGGGAAGGAAGCUCCUCCUCACUUCUAACCGGCCGGCGGGCUCGAAACCUACGCAACGAAGAUGGGCAGGAUGGCGUCCCGGCUGCGCAAGUAUCGCGAUAGCCACGCCGCGCUCCUCAGCCCCGGCUGGGCGGUACCGGCACAUGCGCGCCUCCGGGGAGAAGAAGGGACGGCGCAUGUGCGGCGCGACGGACGGACGGGAGUUCCCGCCUAUUCUUUUCACAACUCUGGCUGUGACGGGGAGGGGUGUCGGGGCGCAUGCGCCUGGGGUCUGCGGUCACGCGGUGCCCGCGUUCGCUUGGCGCCAAGCGGGCUCGGAGCUGGGCGGGCUGCGCCAAGCGCUUCGGCGCAUGCGCGGGGAUCCCUCCCUCAUAGCGGCGUCUCUUCACAGAGGCGGCGGCCGGUCGUGCCCUCGAGUGUGUGUCGCUCAGGGUGUCCGGCUCCCUGGGCGAUUGAAAACGAUCGGCUGCUGAGCGCCGGGGGUGUGGAAGGAGGCUU